AUGGGGAAAAAGACAGAAGAGGAAGAGGGAGGAGAGAGGGAAGAAGAUGGAGGAAUGAGGAGGGAAGAGGAGGAAAAAAGGUAAAAGGAGGAAGAGAAAAAAGAGUAGAGGGAAGAAGAGGGAGAAGGAGAGAGGGUAAAUAAGAAGAUAGAGAAGAUGGAAGUAGAGGCAAGAGAAAAGAAAAGAAAGAGAAAAGAAUGGAAGAAGGAAAAUGAAGGAGGAAGGAUGGAAGAGGAAAAUGAGAGAAGAGAGAAUGGGAAGGAGGAAGAAGAUAAUGGAGGUAGAAUGGAGGCUGAAUGGAGGAGCAAAAAGGAGGAUGAAAUGAAAAUAAAGGUUUAUGUAAAAAGAAGAAGGGGGGACAUUGAUGGAAAGAUGGAAAAGGAGAGAGUAAAGAAGAUGAACAAGAGAAAGAGAGAAAAGGAAGAUAAAUAUGGAGUAGAGAGUGGAAGAAACGGGAAGAGGAAGGAAGAU